AUGCCCAACCUCAGGCUCAUCACUCGCACAAAAAAAAUCUUUUCAUACAAGAAAUGGUUCAGAAGAGAAGUAACAGAACUCGACGUGAUCACCAGAUUCUUCAAAAUAAACGGGUUAUUCCCGUGCACCGUCGACACAUCAAUUUCCGUAAAUGUUUUUCCCUCGCGACUAUGUGUUUUCUACCACAUCGCGCUGAUUGGAAUCCUCGGCUACUGCAAUUUCUACGUGGGAAUACCAGCGAUAAUACAGGACAAAAUGGCAUCUGGGGGCCUAAAGCUGCCGAGUAUUCUGGAGUUGAUCUACAUCGGGUCGUCCACAGCAAUCACUUUUCUCAUCUGGAUCGUCUACAUUACGUUCUGCACCAAAUUAACGAUUUUCGGAAAAAGAGUGGCCGAAGCCGACGCGAUCGCGAGGAAAUUUGGCACAAAUUACCAGUUGGAAUCUGUCAGAAAGCAGUGGAUAAUGUUGUUCAUUACCUACGUGAUCCUCUUCAGCUUCCUGACCUUCACCGAAAGCCUGUUCUAUAGCGAUAACGUAACGUCGAGAUUCGUGUGGUUGUGCAUGCAGACUGUGCCCUCCAUCAUCAUCAUUCUCUUUCUCACGCAGUACUAUCUGGUCGUGCAGCUUGCGAAAAGACGUAUGAAAGCAUUGAACAAAAUAAUUCUGCGAAAUCACGACAAAACGGCUGUUCACAAUCGAAAUAGCACCAAUGACGCGAUUACUGAGGCCUUUGAAUCCUGGAAAAAAGCACACAACGAGCUGUAUGAAGCCUGUGUUGUAAUCGCGGAAUUCUAUUCCUUUCCGAUGCUGUUCGUCAUGGGGCUCGAGUGUUACGGUGUGAUUUGCGGUAGCUUCUACUCCCUCAAAUAUUUGAGGAGCGGCGUCCAUCAAGCUCAGAUGCUACUUCAUCUUUUGUAUAACUUGAUUUUCAUCUUCAACUUUACAAUUCCGAUUGUUCUCCUUAUGUCUGAAAUUGACGAUCUGCUCAGCGAGGUCAAGGAAAAAGCUGUUGUGUGUCGCCAACUCACAUUCCGAUUCCGAAAGCAUCGGCCGCUCCUACGUCAAAUUAAAAUGUAUCUGUACGAACUGGUGCACGAGAAUAUCAACUUUACCGCCUUCGGAUUUUUUCAGCUGAACAGGACUGUUCUGCAUUCGAUGUUUGCAACAACAGUGACGUAUCUGGUCAUCCUAUAUCAGUAUUCCAAUCGUCGUGACGAGGACGGUAGCAAUACAUCAGGAAAUUAA